GGCUCUUGCGGAGGAUGCGCGAUGGGGAGAUUUUCGCCAUUGUCGCCGAAUUCAAGGCUUGCGCGAUCGCCAGGGAUGGCGCUCGGGCGAGGAAUGCGCACGCUCUCGCGAUUCGCCGAGGCCUGGCGCAAGAUCUCUUCGUCGCGAAUGCGCUUGUGAAUGUGUAUUUUAAUUGCGGGAGCCUUGUGGACGCGGUUGCGGUGUUCCACGGCAUGGCUAGAUGCGACGCAGUGACAUGGAACACGCUGAUGCUGGGAUGGCCGGAGCUUUGUUGCGGCGAUCAAAGCGUGCUCCAAGCUGGCGGAGAAAGAACAGGGCCAGCAACUGGAGGGUGGGAAGGUUGUCAAGCUCUUGUCUUUGGAUCGAGCGAUUGGCAUGUACGCGAAGUGUGGAAGCUUGGCCGACGCUCGGAGCAUCUUUGCCGCUCUGGAAGAUCGUCGGGUCGUCUCCUGGACUGUUUUGAUGCUCGGUUACUGCGAGCACGGUGAAGCAGAUGCUGCGUUGGAUUUGUUCCGGGAAAUGCAAGCUCAGGGGUGCAAGCCAAACUCGCGGACGUUACUUGCGGUCCUUAAGGCAUGCACCAAACUGGCCGAGAAAGAAGCAGUGAAAGCGGUGUGCCUGGAAAGAGUCAUGACAGUUCACUCGCGAGCUUUGGACGGUUUUGGCGAGCUAGACCUUCAGUUGGCCAACGCUCUUGUGGACUCGUACGCCAGGUGUGGAAGCAUUUGGGAUUCUCAAAGGGUGUUCGACGGCAUGAAGACGCGCAGUGUCGUGUCGUGGACGUCACUCAUGCUGGGAUAUGUUGAGAACGGGCAGGAAAAUCUGGCUCUGGAGUUACUUUCACUCACGCAAGAGAAGAUGGAUGCGCAGAUGCUCGUUGCUGCUGUCAAGGCAUGCACCACUCUAGCAACCAAGGAACUUCACACGAAAAUAGAUGGAAAGCCUAUCAAGGUGGCGGCCCUGGAAAAAGCCAUGGCUGUGCACUCUCGAGCUGCAAACCUUGGACACGACUCAAGUACCUUCCUGGCGAGUGCAUUCGUGGACUUGUAUGCAAAGUGUGGGAGCUUGGCGGACGCGAAAAGGCUCUUUGACAGGAUCCCAAGGCCGGGUGUGGUGUUGUGGACUGCACUCAUUCUCGGCUAUGCUGAAACACAGGAAGAAGAGCAAGCCUUGGAUUUGUUUUCUUCCAUGACGCGACGAGGUUGUCGACCAAAUUGCCAGACUUACGUCGCUGCGUUGAAGGCUUGUGCUGCAGCAGGCUUGAUUAAAGUCGGAAGAGAAAUUCACGCCGAGGUGUGCAGGCAUGGCCUUGAAGACGAGGCAGUGACAGCGAAUUGUCUUGUGGAUUUUUAUGCAAAGUGUGGAAGAAUGGCAACCUCUCAGCAGCUCUUUGAUUUGCUUCGGGAAAGAGGCUUGAUCAGCUGGAAUACGCUCAUAACAGGAUACAGUCACCAGGGAAACACUGGAUUGGUGUUUGAUUCUUGGGGGAGAAUGCAGGACGAAGGUGUGCAACCAGAUGUGGUAACUUUCGUUGGUGUUCUCAGCGCUUGUAGUCAUGCUGGUUUGGUUCACAGAGGCAGACAGCUCUUUGCAGCUAUGGCUUCCAAGUUUGGAGUAGCUCCAGGGAUUGAGCACUACGGGUGCAUGGCUGAUUUGUUUGGACGAGCUGACGAACUAAACGAAGCGAUAGCUAUGGCGGAGACAGGACCAAGCACGGCAGCAUGGUUGGCCGUUCUAGCUGCCUGUUGCAAGCUCAAGAACGUCGAGGUGGGAAAGGCUGCUUUCAAGUCAUUACAGGAAGCGACGGACAGUGCGGCAACUUACGAUCUGAUGGCCAACAUAUAUGCUCAAACACCUUCGCGACAAUGAAACGAGCUUCAUGGUGAGAU